AUAGACAACCAAAAACAUAAACCGACACGUUUAAGCAGUUUAACGUCUUGACUUUUCUUGAUCAAGUUUGAAUCAUGGACGUGUUACGACCACAACUUAUUAAUAUCAAUGGACGAAUAUACCGAAGGAAUAUAACAAAGGAAGACAGUUAUGAGGAAGAGGAUUUUUCUUACAUGGAUCCACCAGAGGGUGAGGAUUUGGCAGCAGAUGAGGCCUGUGAUGGUCACUGCGUUGAAGAGACUGAUAAAGGUUUUCGCUGUGCUAUAGAUGUGCCAAGUGUUUUGUACAAAUACAUCAUUGGGAAAAAAGGGGAAACGCGCCGACGUUUGGAGUUUGAUACAAAAACAUCCAUCAACAUCCCAAAACAAGGAGUGGAUGGUCAAAUUGUAAUCAUUGGUCCUCGCAGAGCUGCUGUCGCAUCUGCAGCCACUCGGAUUGAAGUCCUUGUGGAAAGUUUUCGUAAAAAACAACCGUUUACACAUUUUCUGUCAUUCCCCCUGAAUGACGCCAAAGUCCAGGACGGAUUCUUCAGGUUUAAAGAGGAUGUGCUGCAGCAAUGUUCACAGGACCAUGGAGUUGAUGGCAGCAUCUUUCAGAAUCCUGCUAAGCUCCACCUCACUAUUGGCACGCUGGUUCUCCUAAAUGAAUCAGAAGUGACGAAAGCUUGCGAGCACCUGCAGGAUUGCCGAAGCUUUAUCAGAGAGAUCACAGGAGGAAGGCCUCUGUCCGUGAAGGUGUCGGGGAUCGAGUACAUGAACGACGACCCAGCCAUGGUUGAUGUUUUAUAUGCCAAGGUCAAUGUGAAAGAUGGUUCAGAUAAGUUGCAGGCUAUUGCUGACCGGCUUGUGGAGCAUUUUGUCUCAUCAGGGCAAAUGGUCAGAGAAUGGGACAGAGUGAAGCUUCAUGGCACUGUGAUGAACACGCUCUUCAGGAAAGACUCGACAGCAAUGGCAGAUUCUGGUGGCUCUGGAAGACAGACGAGUGGCAGAGAGGCUUUUGAUGCCAGAAACAUACUGAAGGCCUUCGGCGAUUACCACUUUGGGGAGUUUGAGCUGAACAGUGUCCUGCUGUCCCAGAGAUACUCCACGGACUGUACCGGCUACUACUCAUCUGCAGGAAGCGUCAACCUCUCUUGAAAUAUAGAUGAGAUGCGUUCAGUUAGCGUCAAUCGAGCUGGAUGUAGUGGUCAAUUUCGUCCACUAGAUGGCAACAUCAUCGUGUUCAAACUCUGGAUCAAUGAGUGUUCAGACGCAUCAGCUUGAGCCGUUUAGUACUGUAUGAUGCCAAAGUGACGAUGACAUUCACUUUGUCUGGCCCUUGCUAUUUCUAGGGUCAUUUUUAAAUCGAAAUCGUACCCAUAUCUAGGAAGACAUGUCUUCUAUGUCCGAGUGAGGAGAUGGACUCCUACUUACGUGAGUGCUCCAGGCUCCCUGUAAGUCUCCUUGACAUGGUCUGAACAGUUAAAGUGAUGUCCUGCACCAAUAAUCGCCAGAAUCGGGUGUCACCAUGCUCGCACCGCGCCUCCGCCAAUUUCCACUGCUCCACUUUUUGCUCAAGCAGGUCAUGACGCUUCCUUGAUUGAGCUUGUAAGUUUUGCUCGGAGCAAGUUCUGGUAACUUCUUUCAGCUGGUUGCCUCAUUAAAGUGUGAACCGACUUGAUCUUGAGUGCUGGAGUUUUGCCGCUUUCCUAAUUGAAGUGUGAGCCCAGCGCUGGUCACUUCUCCUGCUGUCAGGGUUCUGUUCCUUCUUCCCCAGCUCUGCUUAAUAUGCAGGAAGGCAGAGCAGCCAAAGGUUGAUGCAAACUGAGGUCAUUUUUUUAUGUUUGUCAGCUUCCCCGUGCUGCACAGGCCAUCGCAGCCGUGUUUCUGAUUUCAACUCUUCUAGACGUUUGGAACAUGCAAAUGCUGUCACCGCACGGCCAUUAUUUACUGUGGCGCUCUCCAAGCAUGAAUGUAGCGUCUCAGACAGGGAUUAUUCUGCCUGUGCGUCUCCUGGGAGGAGCUUGUUAGUGGGUCAGGGGUCCACAUGCUCCACAGCAGCACACCGGGAUUGUCAGCACUGUUUACUGGCAAAGAGAUGGAGGCAAAUAUAGAAAGUACACAGCUGAAGUUGCUGGAAUUCUCCCAGACUGAUUUCUCAUGUGUGACUAAGGAUGCAUAUGUCCUCAGCGAUGAGAGGGUUGAAACAGAUGCGAGGAAAUGUCAUCAAGCAGAAGUUCGCCUGCCUGUUUGCUGAGUUUGGGUGGAUGGAAAUCUGUUGCAGUUGCUCAGUACUCACUGAUAUUUGGGAUGUGUGUGGUAACUGAUCUUCCUGGAGAGGAACUGCUGUCCUAUACAUUUGUUUAUCAGAGAUGCAUCUUUAGCUGGUGGUGCAUAUGUGAUCUGUUUACUGCUCUACAUGAACUUCACUUGGUGUGUUUUGAUACCUGUUAAGCUGGGGUCGAUGUCAAGACCACAUACAUGUCCAGGACUAAAUAGAGACACACACGUUUGUUACACCAUCUCACCCUAAACUUAAGCAUCCAAAACAAAUGGCUAACCUUAACCAGGACUCUCAACCAAACUGAAACCCAAUUAUAAUGACGCAGUGUUUUGAAGUCCUCGUCCUCAAAUUGAGGCUGAACCUUGUGCAAACACCUGAGGGCCCCACAGGGGGUUGUUUUCCCCAAAAUUGGACCUCACUAGGAUAGAUAUGCUUUAACCAACACACAUACGUUUGUAUUGCUAUACGUGUGGGGACAUAGUGAGGUUUCUCAUUGACAUAAUGCUUUCCCCAGCCUCUCACCCUAGACCUAACCAUCCAAAACACAUGGGUAACCUUAACCAGGACUCUGAACCAAACUGAAACCUAAUAAUAAUGACCAAGUUAUUUUGAAUUCUUCAUCCACAAAUUGAGUUUUUGUCCUGCUAGGACUGGCAAAAGGUCCCCACAAAGACAGGCAGUCCCCACGAGGAUAGUGUUUUGUCAGGAAUUGGUCCCCACGAGGCAGUAUAAACAAGCACACACACAUCUUUGUGGAAACCUCUCAUUGACAUAGUGCUUUGCCCAGACUCUCAUCCCAAGCCUAACAAUCCAAAACAAAUGAUGGUUAACCUUAACCAGCACUCUGAACCAAACUGAAACCUGAUGAUAAUGACCCUGUUAUUUUGAAGUUUCAUCUUCAAACUGAGGAUGUCCACACAAAAGCAUAAGGUCCUUGUUUUGCACCCCACAAGUACAGAUGAACAAGUAUACACACAUUCAUGUCAGGGAAAAAAAAAAGCACAAUAUUAUAUAAUAGUUGACUCGGACGACCUGUCUGGAAACUUAACACUAAUUUCUGCAUUUGAAAUGUCAUUGAUAGCAAUAAGUUCCACCAGCUAGUGGAAAUAUUCCCACGCUCACUUGUUCAACACACAUGUGCAUGAAAUGAAGCAGAAGAGGAGCUGCUGCAGCACUUUACCCGCAACAAAUUGUGUGAGUUUGAGUAGGAGAUUGUAGAGGUUCCAGAUUCAGACUGACCCACCAAAAUGCUAUCAUCAUUUCCCUGUCUUUUUAUCAGCAUUUCCUCAAAUUAUUUUGAAAUAUGUUCAUCUAUUGAUGUUGU